AUGGCAGAAACAACUUUGAUGGGUCGAACUAGAAGUGAAGUAACAGUGUUAGACAGGACAGAGACACUUGGUUCUCAAGGACAACUUCUGCAGAAGUUGUACGCGGAGUUGGAUGAAGAAAGGGAAGCAUCAGCCACAGCAGCCAUGGAAGCAAUGGAUAUGAUAUUGCGUCUACAGGGAGAGAAGGCUACGGUGGAGAUGGAGGCGAGUCAAUUCAAGAGAAUGACAGAAGAGAUGAUAGAACACGCGGAAGAAACCUUUGAGGCUUAUGAAGAACUUAUGCAUGACAAGGAGAUGGAAACUGCAUCUCUCAAGUUUCAAUUGCAGGCUUACAAAAACAAACUCAUGAGCUUAGGAUGUGAUCUCAAUGCGACUGAGUUUCAGUACCUGCACUCAAAUGCAAGUGAUCAAAGUAGCGUUAAGGUUAUGAGAAGGCUAAAGUCAUUUCCCUCGGAGCUAAAGUCAUUUCCCUCGAUUCCGAUUAAAAAGAUCAUGAGCCUGGGUGAGAGUGAUCCUCCGAAAACUGAAACAUCAGUUUCGAGUGACCAGGAACCUAGCUUGGUGCGUGAGAGUGGAACUCUUAACUCAUACUGGAACAAGAUUAAAAUGUUGAAUGCACAAGCGAGACUGAUUUCGGAUCCUAAUAACAUAGGAGCAAACUUGAAAAGUAGAGGAGGAAGGUCAUGUUCAAUAUUGUCAAAAGCUAGCGGUAAGAUAGCCUGUGAGUAUGGCCAAACACAUAGAUUGAACUCUUCAAAUUCUACUGAAGUAGUAAAUCAUUGUGAUCUUACACGCGACAGUAAAAGACUCUCCAAUCGUACUUGUUCGAGUAAUGUCCACGAUGUAUUUGAAGUCCCACAAGCUACAGCAAAGCAUGAAGUCAGAAGAAGGCAUGAGAAAUGGAAUUUUUUGGCAGACAUUAUAUUAACAAAACCAAAAUCUGUGUCUGAGGGAGUGAUUGAACCGCCUUUUAAACAUGAUGCAGACAAGCAAAAGGGCGCAGCGACAAUUGUUGGCCAGAAGAAAGACAGGAUGGGUGUGGAUUGUAAUUCUCAAGCUGAAGUUCAUCAGAAAAUUGCAAGGCUUCAGAGGCAGAAAACCAGUAGAAGGUAUCAGGAGAUUACAUCUGGAUUAGAAUUAGGGGAUAAUGAAGAGCAGUUGCGGCUUUUGAGGGAAAUAAAAAGUGAACUGAAAUUAAUACAGUCUGAGAUGAGAAACUUGAAAACCAAAAAUGUCACCCCUGUGGAUGAUGCUGUGUCAUUCGGUCUUCUCCAAGAGGCAAUGAUGCACUUUUGGAUUUGA